CCGCAAAUGUGAUAUGCAAAGUCAGUUCGUUCUGUUCUUAUGGUACUUAUUAGUGUUCGUAUACAGAGUCGAGAAAAGUAAUAUUAAGUGCUGCAUAGAUCGGGAAGGUUCGCGGAUCCAACCUAGUUCAUAAUGGAUAACCUAGUGAUAUUUUUGUCUUUCGUGGUCGGUUUGUUUUCUCUCGUAUUGAUUUCAUUUAAGAGGCGAUAUGCUUAUUGGAAGGAUCGUGGGGCAGCAUAUCUAGAGCCCACCAUACCAUUUGGCAAUUUACCCAUGCGACAAGUACACUUCAAAGAUACUACGGGCCCGAUUUAUGAGCAGAGGAAACCUGCAGCUCCCUUCAUGGGAGCCUACUUCUUCAGAACUCCUGUCGCUAUAGCAACGGAUCUUGAUUUUAUACAAAAUGUUCUUGUUAAAGAUUUUAGUAAUUUUCACGCACGCGGAAUGUACGUGAAUGAGAAAGAUGAUCCCCUUUCGGCGCACAUGUUUUCCUUAGAUGGUGAAAAGUGGAAGUCUUUACGAGCAAAACUGUCACCGACAUUCACAUCCGGAAAAAUGAAAUUCAUGUUCCCAACUGUAGUGGAUGUGGCAGAUCGACUCAACUCCACAUUAUCGGAAAUAUUGAAAACAGAGCCAGAAUUGGAGCUGCGAGAUUUAUUAUCCAGAUUUACGACAGAUGUUAUAGGAACUUGUGCUUUUGGAGUUGAGUGCAGUAGCUUGCAAAAUCCAAAUUCGGAAUUCCGUAAUUACGGUUCCAAAAUAUUUGACCAACCACUUUAUGGAGCACUGAUGCAAUUGCUCAUAAUACAAUAUCCAAACCUCGCCAAGAAGCUACAUGUUAGGGUUUUUCAGAAAGAUGUUGCUGACUUUUUUAUGGGAUUGGUGCGUGAAACUAUCGAUUACCGGGAGAAAAAUGAAGUGAGACGAAAUGAUUUUAUGGACCUCCUUAUUCAGUUAAAAAAUGGCGAAGCUUUAGAUGAACAUUCUCAGAAAUUAGGGCAAGUAACUUUUGAAGAGAUUGUGGCACAAGCGUUUUUGUUUUUCAUCGCCGGUUUCGAAACAUCAUCAACCACCAUGUUAUUCAGCUUGUACGAGCUUGCACUGCAUCCAGAUAUUCAAGAAAAAGCACGUCAAGAAAUCGAAACUGUUCUUAGUAAAUAUGAAGGGAAACUUACUUAUGAGGCAGUGAAAGACAUGGUGUAUGUGGAUCAAAUUAUCAGCGAAUCUCUACGAAAAUAUCCACCAGCUGUCAAUCUGGCGCGUCAAGCAGUUCGAGAUUAUCUUGUACCUGGGACGAAAACAAUUAUUGAAAAGGGCACAGCAGUUUUCAUUCCAGUCUUUAGUGUCCAUCGUGACCCGGAGAUCUUCUCUAAUCCAGACGUCUUCGAUCCGGAUCGAUUUACACCAGACCAGAUAAAAGCCCGCCAUCCAAUGUCAUUUUUGGCAUUUGGUGAAGGCCCACGUAAUUGUGUAGGACUUCGAUUUGGACGAAUGCAAUCGAGAAUCGGGUUAAUAACACUUUUGAAAAAUUAUCGAUUCAACCCAUGCGCAAAAACCUCGAUUCCUAUGGUUUUUAAAGAUGAAAAUCCGUCUUUAUCACCAAAGUUUGGAAUGUAUUUGAAAAUUGAAAAAUUAUAAAUCAGUUACUAGUCCCAUGAGAAUACAAUGCGAUCUUUUUAAAUU